UUAAUUGAAUAUUUUACCAAUAAGGUUCAGGGACAAAGAACAUUCACGAUUUUGUGCAACAAGCCAUCUCGAGAGUUCUUCAUCAUCCCUAAUAGAAUUCUGUACCACUGAGCCUAAUUCACCAGUAGCCCUCUUACCAGCCUGGCAACCAAUUAUUUUCUGUCUGUAUGAAUUUGACUAUUCUAAGUACCUCAUAUAAGUGGAGUCAUAAAAUCUCCCUCCAUCUGGCUUAUUUUACUUAGCAUAACAUCCUCAAUCAAGGUUCAUCCAUCUUGAAGCAGGUUUCAGAAUUCCCUUCCCUUUUAAGGUUAAAUAGUAGUCCUUUGUAUGUAUGUUACACAUUUUGAUUAACCAUCUACCUGAGGAUGGCCAUUUAUCUUGUUUCCACCUUUUGACUUUUGUGAAUAGCGUUGCUGUGCAGUGGUGUAGUCAACCGAGUAGCGACCUAAAUCGUCCUAAAUCGCUGUGACUAUCUCUUCCCAUUUCCUCCUUAUCAGCAUUGUUACCUUAGCCACCUCAGCCUCCCAGGUGUAGCAGAUUUUUUUUUUUUUUAAAUCCCCUUUACCUUUACCCUUUGGCUGGACUUUGUCCAACCGGGUUUAUUUAUAAACCGUGCCCAGCUCAUUAAGAAGACAAAGCAUUCAGCAAGUCACAUUUCCACCUUCAUUCCUCCAGGAGGGCACUCUGAAGAGCUAAGUGGGGGGACACAUGGCAGAAGACAGAAGGAAGAGCGACUCCAUCCAGAUGAGCAUGAAGGGAUGUCGGACAAACAAUGGGUUUGUCCAGAAUGAAGACAUCCCAGAGCUAGACCCGGAUCCAGGCAGUGCCGUGGGCAGCCUGCAGCACAACGCUGUGAGCAUCCCAGGCCCCCAGGAGUCUGAGUUGCAGGUCAUCCGGCCCUACGCCGGGAUGCCCAAGGAGGUGCUGUUCCAGUUCUCCAGCCAGGCCCGCUACCGGGUGCCCCGGGAGGUCCUCUUCUGGCUCACCGUGGCUACUGUGCUCCUGCUCAUUGGGGCCACCAUAACCAUCAUCGCCAUCUCUCCAAAGUGCCUCGACUGGUGGCAGGUGGGGCCCAUGUACCAGAUCUAUCCGAGGUCUUUCAAGGACAGCGACAAAGAUGGGAAUGGAGAUCUGAAAGGUAUUCAAAAUAAACUGGACUACAUCACUUCUUUAAAUAUAAAAACUGUUUGGCUUACUUCAUUUUAUAAAUCAUCCCUAAAAGACUUCAGAUAUGCUGUUGAGGAUUUCCAAGAAAUUGAUCCUCUUUUUGGAACAAUGACAGAUUUUGAGAAUCUUGUUGCAGCCAUACACGAUAAAGGUUUAAAAUUAAUCAUUGAUUUCAUACCGAACCAUACCAGUGAUAAACAUGCCUGGUUUCAAUUGAGUAGGACGCAGACAGGGAAAUACACUGAUUAUUACAUCUGGCAUGACUGUACUCAUGAAAAUGACACUACUAUCCCACCCAACAACUGGUUAAGUGUGUAUGGAAACUCCAGUUGGCACUUUGAUGAAGUGCGAAAGCAAUGUUAUUUUCACCAGUUUAUGAAAGAGCAACCUGAUUUGAAUUUCCGAAAUCCUGCUGUUCAAGAAGAAAUAAAAGAAAUAAUACAGUUUUGGCUUGCAAAAGGUGUUGAUGGCUUUAGUUUUGAUGCUGUUAAAUUUCUUCUAGAAGCAAAGCAUCUGAGAGAUGAGAUUCAAGUAAAUAAGUUACAAAGCCCGGACACUGUCACACACUACUCAGAGCUGUAUCACGACUUCACCACCACGCAAGUGGGAAUGCACGACCUUGUCCGGAGCUUCCGGCAGACCAUGGACCAAUACAGCCGGGAGCCUGGCAGAUACAGGUUCAUGGGAGCCGAAGCCCAGGCAGAGAGCAUCGACAGGACCAUGAUGUAUUAUGGAUUGCCAUUUACCCAGGAAGCGGAUUUUCCCUUCAACUAUUACCUCACCACACUGGACGAUCUUUCUGGGAACAUUGUGCAUGAAGUCAUCACAUCCUGGAUGGAAAACAUGCCUGAAGGAAGGUGGCCUAAUUGGAUGGUUGGUGGACCAGACAGUAGCCGACUGACUUCUCGUCUGGGGAACCAGUAUGUGAAUAUCAUGAAUAUGCUUCUUUUCACACUCCCUGGAACUCCCAUAACUUACUAUGGAGAAGAAAUAGGAAUGGGAAAUAUUUUAGCCACAGAUCUCAAUGAAAACUAUGAUGCUAAUACCCUUCUCUCAAAGUCACCAAUGCAGUGGGACAACAGUUCAAAUGCUGGGUUUUCUGAAGGCAAUCACACCUGGUUACCCACCAAUUCAGAUUACCAUGUUGUGAAUGUUGAGGUCCAAAAGACUCAGCCCAGUUCAGCCUUGAAAUUAUAUCAAGAAUUAAGUCUACUUCAUUCCAAUGAGUUGCUCUUCAGCAGGGGCUGGUUUUGCCUUUUGAGGAAUGACAGUCACUCUGUUGUGUACACAAGAGAGCUGGAUGGCAUAGACAAAGUCUUUAUUGUGGUUCUGAAUUUCGGAGAAUCAACACAGCUAAAUCUACAGGAAAUGAUUUCAGGUCUUCCUACAAGACUGAGAAUAAAAUUAAGUACCAAUUCUACCUCCAAAGGCAGUGAAGUUGAAACACAUGGCAUUUUUCUGGAGAAGGGAGAUGGAGUCAUCCUGGAACACAACACGAAGAACCUCCUUCAUCACCAAACUGCUUUUAGAGAUAAAUGCUUUGUUUCCAAUCGAGCAUGCUAUUCUAGUGCGUUAAACAUAUUGUACAGCUUAUGUUAGGAAUCUCUAUGAAAGAGAUGGGGACACUGGUAUUUGGUUGUGUUGUAACUUCAAGUAUAGCAUGCUGCUGGGUAAACUUCAUCUAAUACUUAAGAUAUUUUGUUAGCUUGAAUGUAACUACUUUAGGAAAGGUUCUCAAAUGUUUGAAAUAAUAAUAAAAUGUUUAAAAGAAGAUUGUUGCUUGUAGAAACUUUUAACUUUGAGAUAACAUUGAUAAGCAAUGAUUAGAACACUGUCAAUCCUAAGAUUAUUUGAAAGCUCUAAAGCAUUUAAAUGACAAGAAUGUUUAGCUUUUUUAUUAAAAUGUAUUCAAAGAAACUCGAAGAAAGAUUCAAUGUCCUAAUGUCUAUAAAUAUUCACCAACAAAGAGGAAGGACAUCGAUUUGUAAACUGUUCAAAGAAAAUCCUAGUAAAACAGAUAAGAACAAAGUACUGAUUGGAAGGGAGGCCUGGGAUUCUACAGCCUCCACUCUUUUCCUCAUUCUUUUUAGAAGUGGUUGGACACAAUACCUUUAUUUUAUUUAUUAUUUUUAUGUGGUGCUGAGGAUGGAACCUGGGCCUCACACAUGCUAGAUGAGCGCUCUACUGCUGAGCCACAACACCAGCCCC